CUCCCUUUCUUCCCUUUUUCCUUUUUUAUUUUUUAAUUUUAUUCUCUCUCUUUUCCCUUUUUUCCCUAUUUUAUGCAGAUAACUUUAAAAGAAGUUAUAAUAAGCAGAAGUUAAUGGAUGUCUCUAAAUUAUGCCUAGACAUUUCUGAGGAAUCAGCAUUACCAGCAUUCACAAGAAAUACUACAAAUAACAGCAACGACAACAAUAACAACAACAACAAUAGUAGCAGUAGCAGUAGCAGCUGUGACAACAGCGACAAUAAAGAAAAACAGAGUGAAGGGUAAACAAAUUGAUAAUGAUAAUAGUUGAAAUAGCUUACAGGUAACAAUGAGUAGAUUACCUAUUCCUUCUUUAGCAGAGCUCACAUAUAAUGUAAAUAAAUUAAGUCAACCCAACAUAUACCUAUAUCAUCAACCACAACCUCAUCAUCAUCCCUUGCCAUUUCAACCUUCUUCGUCCACAGUACAUCACGAUUAUCCACCUACCCCACCUCAACCACCAUUAACACAGCGCUUCUGUGAACCAGAGCCAGAAAAUGAUAGACUAUUGUUAAAAC